GCCACCAGCAGCGCCAUGGGCGGCGAGAUGCCCGGCGCCGACGGCAAGGACCGCUCCGCCUCCGCCUCCGCCUCCGGAUUCGCGCCCUCGGCGCCGCCGUACCCGCAGCAGCAGCACCAGUACGGCACCUUCGGGCCGCCGUCCGCCUCCGGCCAGUUCCAGCAGCCGGCGGUCGGGGUCCCACAGCCGGCCCCACCGCAUGGCUUCCAGAACUACCAGCCGCCGCCGCAGGCCUCGUACGCGGUCUACCCUCCUCAGCAGGCCUACUCGGCCGCCGCGCCCUACUACGGCCAGGGCUACCAGGCCGUGCAAGGUUAUAUACCUGUUGUUGAAGGAAGGCCUGUGAGGAUGCGACGUCUUCCAUGCUGUGGCCUUGGCAUGGGCUGGUUUCUGUUCAUUAUUGGCUUCUUCUUUGCUGCCAUUCCAUGGUACGUUGGUGCUUUUGUUCUAAUCUGCGUCCGAGUACAUGACUACAGGGAGAAGCCAGGAUAUGUUGCUUGCACUAUUGCUGCUUCACUUGCUGCACUUGCCAUGUUGCUUGGUGCCACAAAAGGAGCAGAGGUGUGGUGAACUGUCUUGUAAUAUCAGUGGUCUGCUUAAUUUAUAUGUUUAUUCUUCCCCUACUUUUUUCUUUUUAUGAGAUGAGAAAACUUCCCCUACUCUGUUGAGUAUUGUACAUGUAUUCGUAGAAAGAUUAUAGUGGAAGGAGUGAUUCACCAUCAUAUGUGUUGUAUGACCUAUAAUUAUAAUUCUAGAGUGGAACGGCAUUGAUGA